CCGCCGCCCUUACCCCGCCCCCACCCUUGUCUCUCUAUUUUGCCCCUCCUAUUCUUUCUUCUUUUCUCCGGCUCCGCUCAAUCUGUCGCUGCUGUUGCUGUCGCCGGUGAGGUUAUUAAUUUUUUUUUUUUUUUUUAUCUCCUCUUUCUUCUUCUACCCUGCUGCUGCUACCGGUGAUUAAGAUUUUAGUUCCAGCUUAAUCUGAGAGGAACGGUGGAAGAAUGGAAUCAAAACCCUCGAUUUCCUCUUCAAGCUUUGUUGGUCAGGAAGUGUAUCCUGGAGAUGUGGUGUUGGACCUCUCUAAAAUGACUGACCAAACUAUCAAGCUUGGGGGCGGUCUCCGUCAGGAUGGUGAUGCUAUAUCUGUAAUGAAAGCUGGGACAUUGAGGUAUUCAAAGCCAAAUAAGUACUGGGUAGAAAGUUCCCAUAAACGGUAUGUACCAAGUGUUGGGGAUAAUGUACUCGGAAUAGUCGCCGAUACAAAAGCCGAUAAUUUUCUCGUGGAUAUAAAAGGCCCCACCUUGGCAUUUCUCCCCGUCCUCGCUUUUGAAGGUGGAACCAGGAGAAAUAUUCCCAAAUUUCAGAUAGGAACUUUGUUGUAUGUUCGGGUUGUGAAGGCAAACACCGGCAUGAAUCCCGAGCUGUCAUGUAUGGAUGCGUCUGGGAAAGCAGCAGAGUACGGUCCUCUUAAAGAUGGGUUCAUGUUCGAAUCAUCAACCGGAUUAUCUCGAUCUUUGCUGAGCACUCCACCAUGUACAGUUCUCGAGACUCUCGGGAAAAAACUUGCUUUCGAGAUUGCUGUUGGUUUGAACGGUCGAAUUUGGGUGAAUGCUGCUACCCCGUCCGUCACCGUUCUUGUUGCAAAUACGAUAAAGAGAACAGAAUCGAUGAGUCCCGGCCAGCAGAAAGUUCGGGUGGAAAGUCUGCUGCAGAAACUGCAAUGAAGAAUUGGUGAAUGUAUCGACAAAUUGGUAUUCGGUAUCCAUUUUUUGGUCACUAUGAACAUUGAGGAUGAUUUAGAGUAGUUCGGUUGUCUUUUAAAUUUAAGUUGAUAUUUUAAGUUAACAUUGAUGAGAAUCGUGUCAAAAAAACAUUAUAUAUAAAAUAUAUUAUUUUAA